AGUCUCUUCUUCCUACAGGAUUCCUUGAAGCCUAAAGUCACCAAGGAACAUCACACGGAAAUCUCUUCUUCCUACAGGAUUCCCUGAAGCCUAAAGUCACCAAGGAACAUCACACGGAAAUCUCUUCUUCCUACAGGAUUCCCUGAAGCCUAAAGUCACCAAGGAACAUCACACGUCCCUGAAGGAAUCUUUGUCGACUUCCUUGCAAGUUGAGUUAAUAUAUUGCAUCCUACUUUUGUUGUAUAUUUUUUUUCUUGUUCUGGUAAUUUCUGGUUGAUUAAGGUUAGCAGCUCGUCCAAUUUUUCUUCUUCUCAAUUAUGAAGCCAUCGUUUCCAUGUCAAUCUCCAUUUCCAAACACCAGCUGUUUUCCUAUUUCAUUUACUUUUCUUCCCUUAGUUGUAGGUGAAGAAAACAGAUGGGUUGUUCGAUACAAAAUAAUUUGAAUGAAUUACCUAUGGAAAGCACAAAUUUAGGCACAAACUUAUAAUCAGUCUUUGGCGUAAGGUCUUCUGUUUUUAAGGAAUAGCUACUGUUUAUUUGAUUUCAAAACCCAGAUUUAUUUGAUUCAGACUAAGGCCAGUGUCACUGAUUAAAAGAGGAAGGGAAUGGUUUUAGGAAGUUUGAGCCUCGGUUAUGGAGGGGAGAAAUGGGAUUUUAGGAAAGAGAAUUUCACAGUUCAGCCUUGCGUGAAAGAGAUGUGAUUCAGUUUAGAAGAAGGGUUUAUUGCUAAAAUGCACCGUUUCUUUAUGGCUGUCCUGGCAAUUUUAUUUCCAGGUCGGCCUGAUUUCCCGUUUUCCCUAAUUUAGAAGAGAAUACCUAAAUAAACCCCAGUUUCUUUCUCCCAAAAAAAUAAAUCCCAUUUCUUCAUCAUCGCUGCCGGAGCUCCUUCUCGAUGAAGCCCAUGGCCACUGAACUAUUUCCAUGCUGGAGCCCACUGCCGCCGGGUGUUUUCAUGCCACCUCCUUCUCCAGUCUAUCGUCAACAUGUCCCGUGGCCUCUCAAUGAGAAAAAAAAUUGAAACCCAAGUCGUCUAAUCCAUCUCUUAAACCUCAGUAUCUACAAAGUCCAUGGCUUGGCAUCAGUCUUUGUCUUAUCGUCAAAUCCCGAAGAUGACUUCCAAAAUUGCCACCCAAUGGCCUCGAUUAAAGCUGACUUCGAUCGAGUAUUUGCUUACUCCAUCUCUCUUAGCUUGAAGGUGGCACUCUUCAUCUUCAUCGUCAUGCUUUCUAUGUUGAUUUAGUAUAUGGAAUUUAUUUUUGUGGGUUGUAUGAAUGAUAAAAGUUUGAAUUUUUUCUGCUCUGUUUCAAAUCAGUGUUCAUUGCUUUUUUCCUUUUAUUUUAUUUUUUUUUUUAUUUUUCAAAGUUUGAUCACUUUCUGUGUAAUCAUAAGAAUAUAUGAUGGGUGUUUGA